GGAAAGUAAAGCAAAAAUUGUGAUUAAAUAAUUAUCCAAUAAAUGAAUUAAUAGGCAGAUAAGGUACGUUAAUAUGCCUAAGAGAAUGUGGUUUUUCUUUUAUAGAGACUUAUGGAAGACAUUUUGGCAUAAUAGCCAAAGAAUGUGGUAAAGAUAAUUGAUAAUAAUGAGAUUGAUUGGUCAAUAGCAUGGUUAAAUAAAAAAGGUAGAGAUAUAGUAAAAGAGAAAUAAAAAGUAAAUGUGCAAUCUUCAUCUUCAGAUGAUGAAGUAAUUGAAUUACCAAAAAGACCUAUAGCAGCUCGUAAAUAGAGAGCUUCAAUUUCAGCUGAAGCGUAUGGAGAAUACAAUAGAAAAGAGGUGUAAAAUAAUAAUUUUAUAAUUCCAGUCCUUCUAACCUAGAGUGAUUGUCAAAUCUUAAUAACAGAAAGAGAUUAUCAGUAAAAGAUUAUCAUAAUCAUUUAUGUUUGCAUCUUUAGAUAGUAGAGAAAAAGAUAUUGUAAUAGAUGCAAUGGAAGAACGAACUUAUAAGUAUGAAGAUCAUUCUACUAAUUAUUUAGUGUGGAUGAUUGGGUUAUUAAAUAAGGGGAUAGUGGUGAUAAUUUAUAUGUUGUUGAUUAAGGAGAGUUAAAUUGUUAUAAGAGAUUUACUAAGGAUGGUGAAAAUAAAUUCUUAAAAGUUUAUUAUCCUGGAGAAUCAUUUGGAGAAUUAGCUUUAUUAUACAAUGCUCCUAGAGCUGCAUCUAUUCAAAGCAAAACUACAAGUGUUUUAUUUGCAUUGGAUAGAUAAACAUUUAAUCAUAUUGUUAAAGAUGCAGCUAUGAAGUAUAUUUAUAUAUAUAUUAAACAAUAGAAAAAGAGAAAAAUAUGUCAAUGUUAUGAAAUCUAUUGAACUUCUCUCCAUGAUGGAUCCAUAUGAAAGAUCUCAUGUUGCUGAUGCUAUCAAAAGUGCUACUUUUUAAAAAGGAGAUUAUAUAAUUAGAGAAGGUGAAUAAGGAGAUAUAUUUUAUAUGAUUGAAGAAGGAAACUUAAUAGCAACCAAAACUUUAGUUUAAGGAUAAGAACCUGUUAAAGUAUUUCAAUAUAAAGAAGGAGAUUAUUUUGGUGAAUUAGCCUUACUUAAAGAUAUACCAAGAUAGGCUAAUAUUAUUGCUGAAGUAUAUAAUACAAUUAUAUUUAAUAGACUGAAGUCAAAUUAAUUUACUUAGAUCGACAUAGUUUUAAAAGAAUGUUAGGACCUUUAGAAGAUAUUUUAAGAAGAAACACAGACAAGUAUCAGAAAUAUGAGUAAUAUUGGAUCACUUAGGUUAAAUGAAG